AUGUCCAACCAGGAUUACUACAACAACCAGGGCGGCCAGUACCCCCAGCACCCCCAAGCCAGUUAUGGUCCUCCCCAAGGUCAAUAUGGCCCCCCUCAGGGACAGUAUCCCCAGGGCCAGUACGGUCCUCCCCAGGGCAUGCAGUACCAGCAGGGCCCACCUCCUCAGCAGCAGGAUACUCGUGGCAACCGUGGUGGCAGCUCCAACUGCUUGAUGGCCUGUCUUGCAGCCCUCUGCUGUUGCUGUGUUGUCGAAGAGUCUUGCGAGUGCUGGUAA